AUCAAAAUGGCGGACUGGGAUGACGAGGAUUUCGAGCCACAAGACUUUUCCGUAAAACAAUCGGACAAAUGGGAAGGGGAGGACGAAGAAGAUCAGGAUGUUAAGGAAAACUGGUUUGAUGAAGAAGAGGAUUCAGAAAAGAAAUCGGAGCCAUCCGAAAAUCAAACUGCAGCUCCUCAAGCUAAAGUAAAGAAAAGAAAAACAAUUAAACAGGCUAUACAAGAUAAGGAGGACAAGGCCAAGGAAAGAGCUCUAAAGAAACAGGAGGAGAAUCAAUCAGCACAAGAGAAAGAAUUAACAGAAGAAGAACAACUUGCAGAAAAGCUUAGAAGACAGAAAUUGGUAGAAGAUGCAGAUUUAGAAUUAGCUAAACAAGCUUUUGGUGUGAAAGAUGAUAUAGGAUCCAAAAGUAUAGAUGACAUGAAACCUUCAACUAAAGAAGAGUUUGUAGAACUGUCCCAAUUACUUGUAGGAAAAUUAUCCAAUUAUGAGUCCAAUGCAGAAUAUGUCCCUUUCUUGGAAAUGCUUUUUAGAGAUUUAUGUGCAAGCUUGGAUGCUGAAGAUGUUAAACGAAUAGGUAGCACAAUAAAUGUCCUCUCAUCAGAAAAAUUAAAAGCACAGAAGGCAAAGAAAGGGAAAAAGGCUGUUAAGAAAGCCACUCUCUCAGGAGCUAGUGCCAAGGCUGGCAGAAAAGAGGACUUGGAUGCAUUUGGUGGUGGAAAUUAUGAUUAUGGAGAUGAAUUUGAUGACUUCAUGUGAAAGUGACAGCAAAUGAACAUGCAAGAUUCUGUAAACACAACAUCACCAAUCCACCCUCAAACUCUUAACAAGAAGUUAUUUGAAUUCACUUUGGUUGGAACCUCAAUAGCGUAAAUAAUAAUUUGGCAGAUAAUAAAGUUUGCCUCUUCUUUGCAUCUUAACAUUUAAAAGUGAGAUGCAAACAUCCAAGGCAGUCAUGUUUUGUUGGUUUAAGUCCUUCCAACCAAGCCAGCCCAACCAUAUUCUGUGUCCUAUAAAUCAAGGCAAAAAAUUUAAAGAUUAAUAAUAACUUUGUCCUAGUAAGUAGAACUGCAAUACAUUGUUGUACUUGUUUCUCAGAUGGCAAGAAAAAUGCACAUUUAAAAAAAACCAAUAAUAUAUGUUUGUCCUUUGUGUAAUAAAAGCACUGCCAUUGAAAGUGUAUACGCAUAAUUGCAAUGAUACUUGAGGCAAAAACUUUUUUUCUUUUAAUAUGCUCUAAAAACAAUUCUUAAAAGGACCUCAUACAUUAUGAACACUGUAAACAAGAAUUGAUCAGAACUAAUGGACAAUUCAGAAUGUCUCUAAAUCUAUUACCUGAAUGCUUUCUUUUCUUAUUUAGUACAAGAGAGUUGUGUAUUUCUUUCCUGAAAAUUAGAUUGUGGAAUAAAAACAAUAGAAACCAUGAAAGAAUCUUUCCUCAGUUGUCUGUCUUUCAAUUGUAAAAGCUUAGGAAAAGUCUUUUUUUUGUCUUCAGAUUAAAUGUUUAUCUUUU